CUUGUUCUGUUAUAUUGUAAUGUCUUGCAAUACAACAACAGACUUAGAUUCAUAUUUAAACAGCAUCAUGGGUAUGUUUUGGUGCGGAUUUAACGGGUUCAACCAAUUGAACAAUGAAUCGAGCGUCGACUUGGAUUUUCAUACUUAUGGCUACGAAGAAAAUUAUGGUGAAAUUCUACAAGUGGCAUUUUCUUGGAGUACUGCUUCUAUUUUGACAAGUUCUGGUAAAAUUGUCAUGAGUGGCCUCAUCAACAAAAAAGCAAUCAAUUUUGAAAUAUUAGAUGAUUUAGGUUAUGGUCCUUUUAAAUCUAUUUCUUCAUCUGAAUCAAAUAUAUUAGCUAUUGAUUCAAUUGGCAAUUGUUGGUCAUAUUCAAAAUGUGAUUUUAAGUGGAAUGAUAUAACUUCAAUAUUACAAAGAGAGGAUCACGUUGCUGUGUCCAAAAAUCAAAGUCGACCACCUAUAAAUCAUAUAUGCUGUAGUGAUACAAUUCAUCUAGCAGUUACAUAUAAUGAAGUUUAUUCAAUUCCAACUAAAAUAUUCAAUUCAAAAUUCAAAGUCACUCAAGUAGCAUGUGGCUUUGAACACAUAAUUAUUUUAAUGGAAACUGGUUGCCUAUAUACACAAGGAUCCAGUAGCCGAGGUCAAUUAGGGCAUGGUGAAUUAAAUGAAGAAGAUUAUCCACGGCUUUUAAAAUCUCUAGAUGGUAUUCGAGUGAUUAAUACUUCUGCUGGUGGUUGGCAUACUGCUGCAAUUACAGAGUAUAAUGAUCUCUACAUGUGGGGCUGGAAUCAUUCUGGUCAAUUAGGAAUUUCAAAUUCUCCAGAUAAUGGUGGUAUAAUAAUGGCUCCAGAACCUGCACUGAUUAAUUGGCCAGAAGAGACAGAUAUCGAACAAGUGAGUUUGGGGGCAAGACAUUCAAUGGUUUUAACUAAGAACAAUAUACUUUGGGGUUGUGGGUGGAAUGCUCACAAACAGCUUGGUAUUAAGACAUACCAAUUAACUUGUGAUCGUAUGAUUAAUUUGAGUAAUUUGUCACCAUUGCUAAAAUGCAAUUUAAGGAAAAUUGUCAAAGUAGUAUGUGGUGCAUGGAAUAGUGCCUUGUUGUUAGGUAAAUGAUUAUUUACCCCAUAUAAAUAAAAUGAUACUAAAAUAUUUUUAAUGUGUGAAUUAGUAGUUGGUUAUUGUGGGAAGCAGUUUUUAGGAAUAUAGGAUUUUUUGUGUAAGAAAUAAUUAUGUUCUUAUUACUAUAACUCUAAGACAAAUUCUUUUUUCACUAGAUUCUGACAAUUUUACUUUAUUUUUACAAAAAAAAAAAAUCUAUUUAAAUUCAUAAUUUUAUUUUCAAAUUAUUAUGAGUUAUACAUUUUUAUACUAAGCAUUAAAUUUAAUUAAUUUGAGAUUUUCAAAAUAUUUAAAUUAUUUGCUUCAUUAUAUUUUUUUUUAUAGCAAAUUAAUAUCUCUACAAUAUGAUACAUUUGAUUAAACAUGUAUUAUUGUGGGUAAAUUUCAACUGUUGAGGAAAUUACUAUUUGUAAUAUUUUAAAUUAUUUAGAAUUGAAAAACAACAAUAGUUUUAAUUAAAAAUGUGUACUUCUUCAUUGAACAAAAUAUGGUGUGAAUGGAAGUAAAAUAAGUGUUAAACAGUUGGAAAGUUUAAAUUGACUUCAUUAUGUAUACACGUAUUGUUAUUUAUUAUUUAAUUUUAUUAUUUUUUUGAAAUAAACAAUUUGAAUAUAA